AUGCGCGAGCGAGAGCCUGUGAAGAGAGAGAGGGUCAGAGGUGAGAUGGCAAGGGGAUCCUAGUGACAGUAAUAGUGAUGAGCCAGACAAUGCUCCGCUUGCUCCUUCCACUGAAUGAGGAGGAAUAUCUUCUAGGGGAAGCCUCGCACAAUGAUCGCACCGAUGCGGGUGGAGGACGCAGCGCGAGGAAUGAAGCCAGGCGGACGAGCGAGACAGAGAGGAGGCUGGCGACGGCCAGGCGGGCGUGAGGUGGGUGCGCAAGUAACCACCACAGGAACUGAGCCGAGAGGAGGCGAGGCGAGCAGAUGUGAAGGCAUGCAGGCGGAGCGCUGCGGGGCGAGGUGGAGCGUAUUGGAUACGCAACAGCACAUAUACACACGCUUGCUGGCUGCUCUGAUGCUUCGCGGCAGUGCUUCUUCUUCUUCUGCCACUGCUGCUACAGGCACCCGCUGGUUUAAAGGGCGGCCCGAGUGGAGAGAAAACGGCGCCAGCCUCUAGUCCGACGCUCCCGCCGACCUUCUGUUCACCAUUUCACCCGGCCUCUCUUUAAAGCAUCGUGACGCGAUCUUCACGCGUGCCCUUUCUCGCGGUCUUCUUCGAGGCUGGGCCGAGAUCCGGCGUGCAUCCCGCCGUCCCCAGCCUCGCCCCAGUCAUUUUCGCCGCUUCGUCCCCGCGCCUUCCCAGUCCCGUCGAGCAUUCCCCGACCUCCGGUGGGUCUUCGUCGGUCGCCUCUCUCCCGACACCCAGCCGGGACUGCUUAUCUCUCUAGCACUACCCCUCCCCUAGAUUAUAUUCCAAAUUUUUGUCGGACUGGCUUGGCCCCGUGACUCCCGUCGGGCCCGUCCUCCUUUCCCUUCGUCCGCAACUAUAGUUUAUUGGAUACGGCCGCAUUUGAAUCUAUUCACGCGCUUAUCCGUGACUAAACUCGGAGAUCCUCGCGCAGCAUCUGGCGUCGUCGCCAGUCGGAGCGCCACAGGGCCCAUCUGCUUUCCACCAAUCCGGGCCGCCGAGGUCGCUUCUACGGCCACGACGCUGGCAGUGAUGCCUCGAGAAGAGUCGGCCCCACUCGACGUCGCGAGAGAAAUGCUCCUCCGACCUGCGACGGCGCGAGCGGCCUUGCGGCGAACGCCCAGCCGCCCGCGCUUCCCAAGGAAUGAAUGUUCUACUACCGCAGCCUGGGCCUAUAGCGGAAGGAAAUGGUGAAGCAGAAUGGGGAGAUGUGCACCGUCCGAUGACCCGAUCGAACACUUCUCUGGACGUCAUAUUACUUCUACCUAUGUGGAGUAACUACUCGCGCUUCCCAGAUGGUUCUUGUAGCGAGCUUCGUACGACUUGCUGCGGCAAUCCGACACGAGGCGGCCUGGACUUCCACUUAUCUCUGAGGCCCCACCAUUGACUCCUUUUCAUUACCACAAAGUACGUACAGUGCUGAUUGGGCUAGGCCGGGAAGCAUAGCGAUCCUGGCGAUGGUGAGAAUUUUGCGUGACCUCAUACUCCCUCUUUCCAGCAGAAACGUGGCAUUCACAUGUCAUUCCGAACAACGCAGCCUCAAAAUUUCCUUUAGAUAUCGACAAGAUGCUCUAGAAUGUCCAUUCGGAAGGACAGUCUAGAAAGAUGUCCUUUUCGUUCUGAGGUCCUCGUUCUUCAAAAUCCUUCCGUGACUACCUUUUGAACCAGUGGAUAGCCACGUCGGUAGCCCCCUCGGUCCUACGCUACACUUUAGCUGCUUCUCCUACUCCUACUGCGUAGUAACGCAGGAGUAUUGAAUCUAAAAAGGCGCCUACGUCGUAUCUCUUACCUACCUGACUUGCUACAUAUAGCUAAGAAUAGAGACAUAUUUGAAAAUAGAAGUUGACCAUGUGAUUGUAUCCGAGCUUGCUUCAAUCUAGGAACGCACUUUAAUGUGUUUGCGAGCUCAGGCCAAUUUGCACAUGUCAAGU